GGCCAUGAACUUUGCAGACCCUCCACCAACACACCCUGUUGGGUGCUGCGGGGAGGUGAAGGACGAAAUGGUUGACCCAGAGAUGAAGCAGCGUGAAGCAGGGACAAACACAAGGGUGGAGCAGUCCAUGGUGGGCUCUCCAACCCUGAGGGAAAAGGUUUGGGGGGAUGCAGCGGCAGUAGCAAAAAGGCUACAGAAGAAGUUCAAGGCUUCAGAACAGGCUCUGCAAGCAGCUGUUAAUGAGACUGAGUGGCUGCAGGAAGAGGAGAGGUGCCUCUUAAUUCUGGUGAGCACGUUGGCAGUGGAGCUGGAGACAUUGUUGGAGCAGGCAGUACAAGCUCACAGCCGGUGACAGCGAUGAGAUGCCGUGUGGUGGAGGUGGGAGCAGAGGCUGAAGCUCUAGCAGUUUCCACCAAAGAACUCCACCUUGUCUUUCUAUGGUCUGCCUAGGGCUCACCAUCUGUCUUGGAGCUGAUAGAUUGUCCUUGGUGGCCCAUGUUCUUGUGUGUGGUGGAGCUGUGUGUCAGAGAGAGCCAGGAGCAGAUGCACCACGCCCGGCCAGGACUGGGCUAAACAGCCUGUAACAACACUAGACUCCUGCUGCCAGGAAGGGGCACACCUGGGUUAGAGCUCAGCCAUCCUCCAGCAGAGCCCUUCUGCUCCGGGUGCCAGGUCCUGACCCAGUAGGUUCCCCACACCCAGCAGGUCUGGAGAGAUGGAGCGACUCCGGGAGGACGCCACCUGCUCCAUCUGCCUGGAUGUCUUGAAUGACCCCGUCUCCAUCGAGUGCAGCCACAACUUCUGCCGGGGCUGCCUCGCGGCUCACUGGAGCGGUGUCUCGGCCUGGGCGUCCCAGUGCCCUGAGUGCCGGGCUCCCUGCUCCAGGGACAGGAUGAUCCCAGACACGCGGCUGAGAGCCCUGGUGGAGAAAAUCACAGAGCCCCUGCGGGAAGAGAUGGAGCCACAGGGGCCGGGGGCUCAGCCAGAGCUGGGGCACCCGGUGCAGCUGGUGCGUCUGGACGAGGAAGGGGACCUGAUCCUGGAUGAGGAGGCCCUGAACCGCUGCCUGGAGCAGGGUGCGGUGGGGGCCGCCCCCGUCUGUCUGGUGUCCAUCAUCGGGGAGCAGCGCCGGGGCAAAUCCUUCCUGAUGAACUACCUGCUGCGCCGGCUCCAGAGACAGAACCAAGAGCGCAUGGCCCUGGGAGGGUUUGAAUGUCGUGCCGGGACGGCGACCGUGACGAAGGGGGUGUGCAUGUGGGGCCAGCCCCUCUGGGUCCAGGCCAAGGGGAGAAAGGUGGCCGUGUUCCUGGUGGACACCGAGGGUUCCCUGGACCUGCAGCGCCGCAUGGAGACCAGCAUCAAGCUCUCCGUGUUCAGCAUAUUGCUCAGCUCCUACUGGAUUUUUAACAUUUCCAGCACGUUUACCCGGACGGAGGCAGAUUAUUUGGAGAUGUUCGUUCAUGUUGCAAAGGAGGUCGGCGAGACCUGCAAUCUGCCCCCAAUCCAGCGCCUGGACCUGUUGGUGCGAGACUGGCAGCUCUCCGGAGCCUACGGCGCAAAGGAGGGACGGGGGUAUCUCAGAGACAUCACACGGGACCUGGAGGAUUCUGCUGAGCAGCCCCUGGUGUUGGGAGCCCUGAGGGCGAGAGGGACCCGGUGCUACCUACUACCCCAACCUGGCAGUGGGUUCACCAAGAGCAGGGCAGGGACACCAGGCGACAUGGAUGAGGAUUUCCGGCAGUGCCUGCAGAACUACGUCACCAGCGUGGUGCGCUCAGCAGGGACGCACGUCCGGACGGACCGAGCCGGGCAGGUGCUGACGGGGGCUCAGCUGGCUGCCAGGAUCAAGGGCGUCUCCCGAUACUUGAAGACCAAAUGCUACGACUUCUCCUCCCCUGUGAAGAUGGCUGAAGCGUUUGCAGCGAUGAGACAGGAGAAAAACAGCAAAGCAGUAGAAGCCGCCCGGAGGGAAUAUGAACAAUUUGUGCAGGAGCUGGCAGGACCGUGGCCACCAGAGUAUAACCUGCUGCCUGAGGGUGAAGCCUGAGGAGAUGAAGAGACAGCUGGAGGGGAAACAACAGGAGCUGCUGAAGCAUUGCCGGGGGGAGCUGCUGGGCAAGGACCCCCAGAAACAGGCUGCCCUGAAGGUGCUGGAGCAGGGGCUGGCCGGGAAGACGUCCC